CAUCCACUUGUUAGUUGGUAUCUUGCCGUGUACGUGGGAGGUUACGUCGCUCUGGCCCACCUUGCUACCUGUUGCUUUCUGCUGUGAAAUCCCCCCAUACACGUGGAUUUACGGAUGCUUUGGUUAUCGAUGAUGGUGUCGUAAAGCGAGUGUGUGAGCGUAAGUGCCUUCCUUUCCCAGCGUAUAUGAAUUUGAGGAAACACAAGUGUGUGAAAAAUUUGUGCCCAAGGAAUACUACCCCGUUGUCACGAGGAAUUUUCGCCCCCCAAAAGGAUGGCAUUAUCGCUGAGACUUGUUACUGAGACAAUGGUUCCGUGUAGAUUGAAUGCCGGAGAUGCUUAGCGGAGAAUACGGAGAGUAGGAGUGUCAGCGAUGGCCUUACUGGCGGAGGACAGGCUGUCCCAGCCGCGUCCUGACGCAGCGGGCGAAGGAAGACCAUUCAACCACCACUACCAUCACCCACAUCUGCGUCCCUGCAGCAUCCGCGGCAGGAAGACCAGCGUUAGAUGGUGUCUAUCCCUAUCCAGACUAUGGGUGUGCUGUUUAUGGGUGCUGUUAGCCACUCCUGCCAACACCUGUGCGGACUCCAACGGUUGUGAUUUCUAUGGGAGUGGGCUGGAGCAAGACGGGCGAGGGGUGCAGCCUGUCUACCUGAGCUGCUCCUCAGGGCGGGUUGAGUGGCAGUACCCUCGAGCCGGACUCAGAGUCAUACUCAAGUCUCCCCACAAAGGGCGAGACUUCCACGCCUGCAUCAAGGGCGGUGCCAAGUUCGAGGGCGCCAGGAUCUACCUGGAGGGCCACCGCUCUCUCCUGCCGCUCUUCGCCCUCGACGACGGUCGUCCUCGAGAGCUGAUCCGCUGCUUCACGAGUUACAAGGGCCAGGCGGCUCUGUACGUCGAGGCCGAGGCAGGGGCUGAUGACCUCAAGAAGCAGGUGGCGGAGUUCGAGUAUGAUCUGCAGUCGCUCUCCAAAGGGGCCAUCUACGAUCCACUUGAAGAAUGUCGGCCGUGUUCAGAGGAGGAGCUCCUGCAGCUGUACUGCGCAGCGGACUUUGUGGCGAGGGGUUCUAUAGUAGGCGUGGCAGAUGACGCCAGCCUCAGCCGCACCCUUAUCACCGUCCGCGCCACUAAACUCAUCCAGCAGACAUCUCCGGUGUUCAAACACUCCCGCGCCCUCAAGCUCACUUCCUCCGAGGAGCAAGGGAAAGAGGAGGAGGAGGAGGAGCUCAGCAACUUCCUUCUGGAGGCGGAGAGCGGCUAUCUGGGUCGCGUGGAGGUGCCCCUUCAGUGUGGAGCUCGGGCUGGUGACGGGGAGUUCUUAGUGAUGGGUGUUAUGCGUCUGGGUCAGCCCCUUCUUAGAUGUGCUCCAAGACACCAGGAGUGGGUCACCCUCGCCCUGAACUCACAUAGCAGAGCCCAGUGUGUCUUGGAAACGUGAGCCGCCCUACACUACCCGCUGACAUAUAUCCUCACUCGAGGCCUAUGAUAUUGCUAAGUGAAUGGGGAAAAUGCUCCGUGUGUGAUGUUGACUGUAAUUGCAACCACAGCGCACAUUAUUCAAUGAGCGACUUUUGCUCUAAAUGGACAAUCAAUUUGCUGUUUUCCUAAUCGAAAAUAGACAGCCAGUUUGGUGCAAUAUAAGACGUUACGAUAGUUCACGUGAGAAUUGUAAGCCCUGUAUAAAGCUUAGCGGAACAAACAAGUUGGGAAGAAGCCAACGAUACAAUGCGUCGAAAUAUUACGUUAAUCCCACAGAAAACUGAGAGGAUUUCUCAUUGUGAUUGAUCUCUUCAGCAACUCAUAAAGUAUCACUCAAACAGAUCUACAAAAAUAAUAUCACAAAAUCCUAACGUGAGAAUAUAUCUUUAAAAUGAAACCUGAUUUAGUCUUUCACUUUGAUUUAGAAAAUAACAUAAAAAAAACUGCUGUGCCAUAAAGAUGCCUUUUUUUUUAGCAUGUUUAGUGCCAAGGGUGUCAACUGAUAAACUGCUGAUUACGGUGAACAUUUUGCUAACUGCCAAGUGAUAAGCUGAGUACCGUAAGGAUUUGACUCCCCCGGGCAGGAAGUACAUACGUGGACCUGCUAGAUGCUUGCUUCUUUACAUUGGGGUUAAAGAGUGUAAAUAUAGUCGAAAAUAAAGAAUUUUACAAUGCGCUUUAGCCUAGUAAAAAAAAUGGUUUAGUUAAUAACGGGAUGGAUUUGAGGAAAUAGUACACAGAGCGUAGUGUUGGUGGCGCUGUGUUCACCCUGUGUACACCUGAUGUAACAACGUUCAAUGAGUAAUUCAUUAGUGUCUUGGUUUCUCUCUCGUCCUGAAAAAAAAAUUCCGAUGAUUUUGGUUUAUUAUUGUUCUAAAAUUAUUGGACUUGCUAAAAUUUUAAACGACAUUUGUUUCCCCUGGGAAAUUUUAUUUAGAUCAUUCAUGUCGAAGAGAAUUGGUGUAAAAUACCGACAUUGUGGAAAAUGAAACACAAAUGGAGUCUAAUGCGAUCUGUGGUUGACAAUAAUGGAUCCCAUUAUACUACAGUUUUCUUUUUUUUUUUUUUUUACCAUUCAUGUCACACGCAGAUACAGUGCACACGAUACUUUUGCGGGAUUUGUUCUUUUUCACGAACUUUUUAAAACCGCUCAUAAGAAAAUCGCGUGAGGGAGAGAGAGAACACCAAGUCAAGGGUGACUCGCAUUAACACUCUUGUUCUGUGGUACAAAUCUCAAUCACAAGCUAUGGGAGUUUCUCUUGUGGUUGCGAGAGGUGCAAUAUUGUCUCGUGUUGUCCAGUAGCAUCCUGCCAGUGUACAAAGCUUUAGGUAUUCUCUCUUAAGGUUGUCAAGAUCGUGAAGCGGUGGGGGUCACCUGAGGAUUUUUCCUUUGCUCUUCCCAAAACUAAAAUUUUUUAAAUAUAAUUUUGUCAAUUCUUAGGCUACGUAAAUUUUAGGAAAGCUAUGUUGCUAGGUUAAUCUUGAUGCAAAAUAAUGAGCUUAAUUUACAAAGUUAUAUUUAACUGUUUUACGUAGUAAGAGGGGGGUAGGAGAUAUCUUCAGGUGAUAUUUGAUGAGUCCAGUUCUGUUGAUGUCCAGUUCUAUUGAUGCCCAGUGCCAGUGGUAUAAAAUUCACGUAACAUUUAAUUUAAUUGAUAUUUGGUUUGUUUACAUUUCUAGGAACAACCUCCAUUGACACUGGAAGUUUGCUUAAGGCUACUAGGAUUAUCAUGGACCCUAGAGACCUAGUAGAGGCUCCUAGAACUGGACUAUGACAAGAACAAUCUUUUCCUAACAACGACCCUAUUUAUUUUGAUGUACGUGUUGUUGCUAAGCUUGUGUAUUGUCUCAUAAGGAUUUUCACAAUUAUUCUUGAAUCUAAAGGUGCCAUUAUAUAUAUAUAUAUAUAUAUAUAUAUAUAUAUAUAUAUAUAUAUAUAUAUAUAUAUAUAUAUAUAUAUAUAUAUUAUAUACAUAUAUAUAUGUAGUGUACACAAAAUCGCUGAAAGGGCAUACUUAUUGAUUGAUCUCAGUGCGUACAUCUUGACAUGUACGUGUUGACAGUUGUGCACAUAUAUGUCCUGACAAAUGUACGCAUUUAUGUUUUGGCAAUCAUCUGCAUGUACGUCUUGGCGAGUGUACACAGACGGACACGUGUACGCUCGUCAUACUGCUCUGUGCCACACAUAAAUUUUAACUCUGUAAAACCUUGCAUAAAUUUAUCAUUAAUAACCCGUUUACAAGAGCCCAAUUUAUUUUUAUUUUUUUUGUAUUAUUGAAGCAAAAUUUUGAACCGCAAUUUUGAGUUCUCAGAGGAUUCCAUUUUUUUUUUGUUUU